UCCCUUCAGGUUUGCCGUACGAAAAGAUAACCUUUCUCCUCUCAACCCUGUAACUUUUACCGGCAUGGCGUGGAUUAACACCGAAUUAGCAGGUUAGCUGUGAAUGAGAUCUUCACACUGAGAGGAGUAGAAGACUCGUAGUUUCGCAACCGGAGGGGAUGUCUGCACAGGUGCUACGUCGGCAGGUGGCUGUUCUUCGGCUCCUAUCCUCCACCCCCAGGAGAGAUGUCUGGAGGUUCCAGCGGUGGGACAGUGGUCACAGCAAGGAGGUGGAGGCGGAGCAUGUGGUGCUGUUUAACUCCGCCGCGUGCCAAACACACUGGCGCAUCACUGCUGCCUCAUGUGGGGCAGAGAAGGAGCAGGCCCUGCCCCCUCUGGCCCUACCCUUCUGGCAGCAGAGUAGUCCCUGCAGCGUGCAAUCGCCCCAGAAGCUGUCCUUGAUCUUGCAGGACCUGGACACCUCGCCCCCCCCCGCCAAGGACCCCGUCCCCUUCGAGCCCCGUGCCUUCCAGAGGUGCCGGCCGGAGUACGCUGCCGUUUACUAUGACCCCGCCCGGCGUCCAGCGCCCAUCUCCGCUGACGAGGCCUCCCUGCUGCUGGAUAAGGUGUCGGUCCUGCGUGGGUCUUCCAGGCACCAGGAUGUGCUGGGGAUCCUGGGCGAGCUGGGCCGCCUGCCCCAGGAGAAGCUGUUCUUGGUGCAGGACCACCCCUGCUUCUCCACGCUGCUGCGCUAUGUGGUGGACAGCCUGCGGCGCUUCUCCGACGCCCAGCUGCUGGAGGUCCUGCAGGCCCUGGUGUCCCUGGGCCUGGCCCCCGGCCACGGCAUGAUGGGCCCACUGGAGGCGGAGCUUGGGCGGCGGGCUGACGCCAUGGACCCGCGGCAGCUGCUGAUGGUGGCGGAUCUGUGGAGGUGCCUGAGGCGGGUGGUGCCCAAAUUCCUGGAGCGGCUCUACUGCAGCGCCGAGGGUUGGCGCUGGUCCAACUUGGGCCCAGCAGAACUGGUGCAGCUGGUCUACGUGAUGGGAGAGGGCCGGACUUCCACUCCGAGCCUGCUCCUGGUCCUGGGGCCGCAGCUCCUCCGCCACCUGAACCAGCUGACCCCCGAGGAGGUUGGAGUGCUCUGCCUGGGCCUCUUCAAGUCCCAGAGCUCACUGUCGUUACACGAUGUCACGCAGCUGGUGGGCCGCGCAUGCGCUGUGCUGCCCCAGAUGAGCGACUACGGGCUCGUUAACGUGCUGAAGCUGCUGCGCUUCAGCCAUCUGGACCACCAGAGGUUCCUGAAGGCUAUAGGGAAGGAGGUCCCAAAAAGGGCGCCUCAUAUGGGCGUCCAGGGCCUGAUGCACGUGGCCCUGGCCUGCUCCGCGCUCCAUUUCCGUGACGACGGCCUCCUGCGCGCCCUGGCGGACCGUCUGCCCGCCCUGGCGCUCCAGUGCCGGAGCAAAGAUGCCGCCAAGCUGCUGUGGGCGUUCGGGACGGUGGGCUUCCCGUCCAGCCAGGCGCCGCGGCUGUACCCCAGCCUGGAGGAGGCCAUGCGGGAGCGAGCGGACGAGUUCCGCCGCUACCCCGAGCACCUCCUCACCGGCCUCCUGGGCCUGGCCUUCGCCGGGAUCUUCCCCCGCGACCUGCUCGCGCUGGCCCUCAGCCCGGAGUCCGUGGAGCUGGCGGUGAGCUCGCCCCACCUGGAGCUGAAGAAGGACCUGUUCACCCUGGAUGCGACGGUGGGGCUGGAGGUGCCGGACUGGGCAGGGCCGCGGGUGCAGGAGGGCCUGGCGCAGGAGGUGACCGCCCAGCUGUGGAGCUUCGUGCAGCAGGACGUGUGCGUGAAGCCGUCGGUGCUGGAGGCCGAGGCACUCCUCCAGAGCCUGCUGGGCGGGGCGCGGUUCGUACGCAAGCACAUGAUCCUGCCGCACACCCGCUCCAUCGACCUGGAGGUCCACCUGGACCCCUCCGGGGACCCCAUUCCCCUCUGCUCCGAGGACAACCUCCAGGGUCAGGCAGAGAGUGCCACGAAGAGGAGCCACCUGGCCAUCACAGAGGACCUGCUGGCCCAGCUGACCAAAAUCACGGUAGAUCCCUCCACAAAACAGCCCGAUUCCCCUCCCGCCCACUCCACGCCGCCAACGAUAACCAGCGACGAGCCGUUCCCCAGUGAGGUAAACCUGACUGAAGGGCUCCUGGGGUCUCCCCUGCCCCAACCUACUGAGGGGGUGCAGAGGCUCGCUGUGCAGGUGACCAACAGGAACCAGUUCUGCUACCAUUCCAAUCACAUGUUGGGGCUGCAUACGUUGAAGAGGAGGCAGCUGGUCCUGUUGGGCUACCGGGUGGUGGAGCUGUACUACUGGGAGUGGUUUCGACUGCUGAAGCGCUCUCGCUCAGAGAGACUGACUUACCUUCACUCCAAGAUCUUUGAAGACCUGGACUGAGAAACUGGCCUGUCUUCAGUGCGGAAUCUUCAAUAACCUUGGCUGUGGGACAAUCCUCUCUCUCUGCACUGAGAAAUGGGUCAACUUGUGCUGUGAGAAAGGUGGCUCUCUGCAUCGUAAAAGACCUUCCUUUGAGCUGCACGCGAACACCUUUAGCUUAGAGGGCGGCAGCAGUUAGAGACAUCUCAUUCAGCCAAUCAAAAGAGAGGCCUACGUGCUUCUCAGUGCCUCCAAUUUAGAUUAUAGACGAUUACACUGUUGAAUUGAGUGUAACAGCGAUGUAUGUGCCAUGUUUUGAAGGGAUCUGUUUAAAGGGAAUACACCCACAUUGAAUUUCAGAGAUCAAGUGGUCUUUUGCGCUCCUGCAGAAACCUGGCACUGUUAAUUGGGUUAUGACAUUGCUUCCUUGAUGUAGUAUUACAAUUCCUGGGCAGUGUCCCACUGGAAUUGAAGUGUCUUACUGGAAUCGCAAUAUUCAUCAGUGUGAAAAUGUAUCCAGGCAUUCAAUAUUUAUGAUCAUCAAAUGGGAAAUUCCAACAUUAUGGAUGUGACAUUUGGACACAAAAUGACAAGCAAAAUUCCUCAGACUCAUGACUCUUCUUACAUGAUAAAAUAUGUUGAUGCAUCAUAUGAAUAUGAAUGUCAUAGCAACCAAAACAAUAAUUAAAAAAAUAAAGUUUAAAUAAAAUACAAAUAACUUGCAUUAUGGAUGUGACGCAAAAGAUGGGUAUUUUGGGGAGACUAUACAAAGUCAGUGCAUUUCAAAGUCUCAUGCAGAAAGAGAUGCUUGGCUGAACAUAAAAAUAGCAUUUUUUAAACUAUUUAUGUCUUCGUCUUGGAGAUACCUGCAUUAUGGAUGUGAUGCAUCUGAAAAGCACAAUGUUUGACGAUCUCCUUCCCAAUCAAAUUUUUGCAUAACACAUUUGCUGUCAUCGGAAAUGAUACUAAGUAUCUGUUUUGACAUUGAGAAAACCAUCUGAAAUGGUUUUGAAUGUUUUCAAGAUGGCCACCAAAUAGCAUUGUUUUCAAUGUAAUGUAUAAUGUAAUACGUUUAAUUUUAAGUUUAUUUUUUCAUGCUCAGGCUGACAUUACUGUGGAAGUGCCCAUAUGGCAUGCCUGCUUGCACUAAGCCUCUGGUUUGUCUUCAGCCACGCAAGGGAAGAGGUUCCUCUCUUUCAGGAGUGACUGACAUGAGCAAGCAUUCUUAUUAGAUCCUGUGUUUGUGAAAUUAGAAGGGCAGUAAUUAGUGCAGAGGGGGAGCUGCACGCCCAGGCUGAGAGUCUCUCUCAUAGCAAGGAGACGGGGAGCCCAGGAAUACCCCUGUGGGGACUGAGUGAGGGGCUAAAGAGUGUCACCUCACACUCUUUAGCCCCUUAUGGGCGGAUGCAACCUGCACGUUACGUCUCCCUUAAAUUAAUAUGUGAUUAGAAUGUUCCCAACUGAACAUUCUAACACUGAAGGCUCUGCCCACUCUCCUCCAUUUUCUCUGCUUUCUAGCGAUAGGUGGCGAAACUGCCAAGAAGUAUAACUUUUUGUCUUUAGAACAAUUAAGGAAAGCAUAAAUGUACUAAAAGCUGCAUACAUUUAUUUCUUUAACUUUUCCAUUUGUUCACUAUAUCCAUAAAUAAAUAAAUUGCCCUUUGUUCUACAUC